AUGUGUUGGUCUGGGAGGGUUAGCAAGACUCUUCCGAUCCUAUUUCCAGUGAUUCAGUCGAAGGCUUGGAAUGAGACAGGGACUAAACAAGGGCUGGGUGGACAAGGAAGGGAUCAGUCAUUGUCUCAGCUGCUUCACUCUUCAAUCAUUUGUCCUUUGUGCAUUCAGCCACGCCAGCAUUUCUUACUGAUGCUCCAUGAUGCUCCAGAGAAGGAGCUGAUGAUUUUGGACUCCUGCUCCUUUCCGGUGAAGAUGUUGGUGAAGAAGUUUCAGAAUUUGGACCUAGUGCUGGAGAAGAACUGGUUGGUGAUUUAUUUCCUGAUCAGCGUGGUGCGCAGUUCGGUGGGUAACCUGCAGAUGGCGAUGUUCCCAUUCAAUGUGGCCUUUCAUGCCUUUUGGGUAACGCUGUCUGUACACACUGAGGGAAUUUGGAUGCUGCCUUUCAGCUAGAUGGGCUCGCCUUGUUUCGUGCGGACAGGGAUGCAGCUCUCUCCGGUAAGACUCGCGGUGGUGGCUUGUGUGUUUACAUCGACACGGAAUGGUGUAAGAACUCUGUGCUGGUUUCCAGACACUGCUCAUCGUUAGUGGAGUUUGUGGCUGUUAAAUGCAGACCAUUUUAUUUGCCAUGGGAAUUCACCUCUGUCCUCAUAUUCGGUGUUUACAUUCCCCCCCAGCGCUAAUGCUAAGGAGGCGCUCUGUGAACUGUACAAGGCUAUUAGCGAACUGCAGAUCGCACACCCUGAUGGACUGUCUAUUGUCACUGGAGAGUUUAACCACGCGAACCUUAAGCCAGUGCUCCCCAAAUUCCAUCAGUAUGUGGACUUUGCAACGUGAGGGGAGAACACGUUGGACCUUGCUUAUACAAACAUCCCCGACGUGUACCGGGCAGAGCCCCGCUCCCACCUUGGAUACUCAGACCACAUCUCUGUUAUGCUAAUCCCAGCAUACAGACCACUCAUCAGGCGCUCCAGACCAGUUCAGAAGCAGGUGAAAACCUGUCCAGCAGGAGCCAUCUCUGCUCUUCAAGGCUGCUUUGAGCACACUGACUGGCACAUGUUCAGGGAGGCUGCAACCGAUGGUGACUCCACCAACGUAGAGGAGUACACAGCAUCAGUGACCAGCUACAUCAGCAAGUGCAUUGAUGAUGUUACUCUGUCCAAGACCAUCACUAUACGCGCUAACCAGAAGCCAUGGAUGACCACGGAGAUGCAUGCGCUGCUGAGGUCCCGUGACUCCACCUUCAGAGCAGGCGACAAGGCAGCUCUAACAACAGCAAGGGCCAAUCUGUCCCGGGCCAUCAGAGGGGCAAAGCGUGCACAUGCCCGGCUAAUCCACAGUCACUUCCAGGACAGUGGCGACACGCGGCGCAUGUGGAAGGGCAUCCAGGACAUCACCAACUACAGGACAACUUCACCUGACUGUGCGGGUGAUGCCUCCCUCCCAGAUGCACUGAACAACUUCUACACUCAUUUUGAGGUGGAAAAUGAUGUGGCGCAACAGACCACUAUCAGUAAAACCUCUGCCACAAUUACCCUCGACGGUGGUGCCCCGGCGAACUGCGGCCUCAUCCCCCUACUCUACUCCCAAUGCACUCUAAGCUAUGUAGCCAGAUUCACAGCCAACCACAGUGGAAUCGUCUGCUCUAACAGCAUCUAA